AUGGUGUACAAAGGGCCGAGUCGAGGGUGCUACAUGUGCCGGAAACGGCGCGUCAAGUGCGAUGAGAAGCGACCCCAGUGUGGCAACUGCGUCAAGCGACAGCAGCGCUGUCCAGGGUACCGGGACUUCUUCGACGCCGUCCACAAGGACGAGACCUUUGUCAUUUCACAGAAGAGUGGCUCAAAAAGACAGAAGAGGACAUGUGCUCUUGCGGAAGACCUCGACGGCAGUCUCGAGUCACGCCUUUCCGAAGAGUGCAUCCGCAAUAGCAGCGACGAGAGCGUCGACUCGUCCAUCUUCCGAAUCUCCAAUAAUGCCUGGGCCAGUCCUGCUCUCUUUGCACAGCCAUCGCGGAAUGUGGCGAUCGAGUCGCUCUGCUAUUUCUUCACGAACUAUGUCAAUACUCCACGAGACCCCAGCACCAAUAUCUUCAUUGAGCAUAUCCUCCCCAUGUACUUGAACACCCCGCCCAACUCGGCCCUGUACGAGGCCAUCCACGGAGUGGCCAUCAACGUCACGUCCCUGUGGAUGGCACGGCAUGUCGACUCCUACCUCGCUCGAGAAGCCUACGGUAAGGCCGUGACUCGUCUGAAGGCUCUCCUGGAAGACCCCGUCCAGUGUAAAACGGACGAGACGCUCGCGACGGUCUUCAUGCUCGACUUUUACGAUUCGCUCAACCAACGCUUCGUCAAGUUUCUGGACACGGGGACCCACCAAAAAGGCGCCGUGGCUUUGCUGAAGUACCGGGGAAAGGACAACUUCAAGACCCCACUCUCUCAACGCCUUUUCAAUGCCAUGAGAAGCCGGCAUAUUAAUUACUCGUUGCAAGCGGGCAAGGACAUACAGUUGGAUCCCGCUCUUCUUGCAGACGCGACGGCCGUGCUUCCGUCCGCCAAACUCGACCUCCUGAACGUGGAGCUCGCCACAUUGCAUAAGCUGGCUCAAGGCGGGCCCGAGGCCCUCAACCUGAGCAUGACCGAAUUCUACAAGCUUGUGUUGAGCAAGGCGCUCGUCCUGGAGAAGAAGUUUCAGGCGUGGACUGAUUCGCUUCCGAUAUCAUGGCGGCCAGUCUCAAUAUCGGCCGCAGACUUGCAUCCUUCCAUCCGUGAAGCCGGACUGUACGAGAACAUGUGCGACGUAUAUUCCUCGCUCGCCGUCUCUCACGUCAACAACGCGGCGCGGUCUUCGCACGUGGGUGCCUUGCGUCUGAUUGCGCUCUGCUUGAGCGGUCUUGAGGAUCUGGGCGUCGCCGUCGACCCGGACAUCGAUUUCCAUGUGAAUGACCGGAUCCAGUCGGUCGUCGACAAGUUCUGUGCCUCGAUCCCGUUCCACCUGGGCAACAGGACCGGGAUCACCUUCCCCCACGAGCGAAGGGAGUAUCCUCACAUCCCCGCCGAACUUCGGCGGCUGGCCAACUACGUCGACCCGUUCGGCAACGAGGUCGAGAUGACCAUGGAAGACCACGCGCGAGCCGCAGCAGCAAUUGGGGGCUGGUUCAUCAUGACCCCUCUUGCCGGAUUCCUGACGUCCCCGGCACUGCGGUCACCCAAAGCCAAACCAGGCCCGCUGAUGCGCAAACUGCGGGCCGGCCAACUGGCAUGGAUCCGUGGUCAAAUGAGUCGGAUCCAGCACAUUUACUCGUUCGCGGCUGACGGGUCUCAACGAUAUCCUGACUGCACGCGCGUCUUGAAAAACCCGGGCUCUGAGCAGUGCAAAAAUGUCCACUCAACGAUGCCUCCGCUGAAUCAUAGUUUAUGGACCGUCUGA